CAACCAACACGACAGCACUUCAUACACAUAAUCCAUACCGUACACCCAUCAUGUCUUCUGCUGGCUCACCUCUCUCUCCAACUUCACAACUAUCAUCCCUUGACGAGCCGCUUUCCUCCUACGACUCUGAAGACUUCGACGACGUAAAGCCCAAGAGGAGUGCUCGACGCUCUCCCGAUGCAGACAAAGGCAGCGGACGGCCGACUAAACGUCAACGACGUAGGGAAGCUCGCCCUCACUUAGACCCUCCCCCUCCGGCCGAAGUAGAUCUAUACGAGAACGAAGUGGUAUCAGAUGAUACCGAUGGCAGCGUCCCUGCUUCGCCGAGCCACCCUGGUGAUGAAGACGUACACGAGCGGCAAGUAACUUGGUGCAAAUGGGACGGCUGCCAGGCCGGCGACAUCGGGAAUAUGGAUAAGUUGGUGGAACAUCUUCAUGAGGACCACAUUGGAGUGCGACAGAAAAAGUACUCGUGCGAAUGGGUAGAUUGCUCCAGAAAAGGUAUACCACAUGCCAGUGGGUACGCAUUGCGCGCUCAUAUGCGGAGCCAUACCCGAGAGAAACCCUUCUUCUGCACAUUACCUGAGUGCGAUCGUUCGUUCACCCGCUCCGAUGCGUUAGCAAAGCAUAUGCGCACCGUCCAUGAGACUGAAGCCCUCCGCCCAUCAGAUCCCGUCCCCAAACACCACUCGUCCAACGUUGGCAAGACCUACCAGCGCCUCAAACUCAUCUUCAACAAAAACAACGGUGAUAAAAAUGACUCCCCACCACCUUCAUCCCCAGGCAUGUCCAAUCCAAUGCACCCUGAUCCGAAUCACGCCCUCAACAAUGUUCAAUACUACGCGGAUCCAAGCACACCCAGCGGCGUUGGCCGUAUCUUCCCCAAUGACAUCCACUUCACUCCAGAAGAGCUCGCAAUGCCAGCCGAUCAGCUUUUCCAUCUUCUUCGUCGUCAACAGCAUUGGGCGCUACAAGAGUCCGAGGAGCUGAAGAUUGAGUUUGACGACCUCGAGAAGAAGCGAUUUGAGGAGUGGAUGCGCAAGGAGCUUGUGUUGGAAAAUAUGCAGGAAGCUGACUUGAUGCGUAUGAUGCGCAAUAGGCAAGACAUGGGAGUCGCUGCAGAUGGCCUAGAGGGCUUGUGGAGGGUCCUUGAGGAGGAUGUAGCACCCUCAAAGAAACUGGAGAUUAAGGGGAAGCAGCCUUGGUGGCGCACUGUGGUUACCAGCACACCAACCGACGGUGAAGUACCAGAUCUCAGAGGAGCAUAG